AUGGCUGCCUCGAGCGCAGAUGAGACAGCGGCAGCGACGAAGCAUGAGGCCGAGGACGAUGGGGGCGAUCUGCCGCAGCUCAAGCCUGCGGUGACACGCGAGCAACGGCAUCACGAUGCGAAAGGUGAGCCUCCCGAGGCCGACGACUUUGGAUUGCCUGUGCGAAAGCCUCGGAGAAGAACGUACGAUCUGGACGAGUUGGCUAGUCCGGAGCUGGCCAGAGGUGAAGUGCAGGUAGAGAGUAAUGAGACCAAGGGAGCAGAGGAGGGACCAGGAGGUGAAGCAAAGUCGCGACCUGAAGCCGAUGCCACAUCUGAGGCGGACGAGAAGGCCGAAGAGCUGUCCAGACCACCGGAAAGUUCAGCAAGUACUGCAGCGGACGCCGAACCUGAACCUGGGCAUGAGGCUGUAGAGGCAUCGAGUGCGAAAUCAGCGGAUCGCGAAGAGAGCGUAGAGCAGCCGCGAGCAAGCAGAGAAGGCCGCAAGAGUGUAAGCAGUCCAAUCUCACCAAGUCAUGGCAAGCAGAAGUCACUGGGCACAACUUCAGAGUUCUCCCACCAGCAGCUCACGAACAAUGCUGACGAGGAGGAAGAGGAGACCGAGCUGAAGUGGCAAGAAAUGCCUGCUCUGGCUGAGCAUCGCAUCUACGAUGACUGGGGCAAGGUGCUAGCCAAGAGUUACGACGAGGUUGAGAGUAAUGCUUACGCCUAUGGUGAUCUUGGCGGCGCAGGCAAAGGCUAUACUCGUGUACAAAUUGACGAAGAUGCUCAGUCUGCCACUAGCAUGGACGAGAGUACGGCGUACUUGUUUAAGGAGCAGUAUGCCCGGAAUGCCUUGGACGAAGAGGACGAUGAAGGCAGAGAUAUUGCGUCGCAGAUGAACACGACCAAAGAGCUCCUGACUGAAGGUCAGCGGAUAGCAUACGUUGGUGUUGUCAGACUCGCGAUCAACAGGAUGGCGCACGAUCUUGAAGCUUUGGAGAAGACGAAGAAUACUAGGAAAGUCAUUGAGCUGUCCUCCGAAGCACUUAGAAUGUGGGGUCAGAAGAUGAUGGUGCGGCUGUAUACGCAUAUGGAGAUCGACCAGGCCGAGCAAGUCAUGGUGGAGCAGCUCGCAGAUCAUGGUGUACUGCCUUCUGAUCUGACGCCAGCAUUGAUGCAAAACGCGAGAGUCAAGAAUCCCAAGGUCGCAUCUGAAACAUCUUCGAUCGCAUCGGCUCGACCUUCUUUACCUUCGCCACGGCCUUCUAGCACACUUUCGAAAAGUGCCUCGAACGUGGCGUUGUCUGUACCUGGCACACCUGGUAUACCGGAGUCUGAUGCGCCACCAGCUUAUGAGGAGAAGACUGCAGAUGACUUACGCUUGCAAGACGCAUCAGAACUGCAAGGCAAAAGCAUCGACCUCGACUUGCGAUGGACUGUGCUCUGCGACUUAUUCCUGCUCCUCAUCGCGGACAGUAACUAUGACUCGCGCUCACGAACAUUACUCGAAAGAGUCGGCGAAGCGUUGUCGAUGGAGUGGCAAGAGAUCUGCCGUUUCGAGAAGCGUGUCACUGAUGCGCUGGAGAUGCAGGAGCAGGCUGAGAAGGAGAACUGGAACGAGGAAGAACACAUGAAGGAGCGGGAGAAGCGGGCGCGGAAGAAGCGAAUGAUGGUCAUGGGUCUGUGUACUGUUGGAGGAGGCCUCAUUAUUGGUCUUAGUGCUGGUGCUCUGGCGCCUGUUAUUGGUGCUGGCCUUGCGGCUGGAUUCACAGGUAUUGGUGUAGCAGGGACAGGCACCUUUCUUGGUGGUACUGGAGCUGCAGCACUUAUUGGUACGACUGGUACACUCAUUGGUGGACGCAUCGGUUUGAAGGGCGCAAGUCGGCGCACAGGCGCUGUCAAGACUUUCGAGUACAAACCUCUGUUCAACAACAAAAGAGUCAACCUGAUCGUCACUGUGGCGGGGUGGAUGACUGGCAAAGUAGACGAUGUGCGACUGCCUUUCAGCACUGUCGAUCCUGUGAUGGGCGAUAUCUACUCGGUCAACUGGGAGCCAGAGAUGCUGCAAAGUACUGGUGAGACCAUACAGAUCUUGGGCACCGAAGCUCUUACACAGACAAUACAGCAGAUCCUUGGCGCUACGUUUCUAGCGACUCUCAUGGCUGGCUUGUCACUGCCAAUCGUGCUCACGAAGCUCGCAUAUCUGAUCGACAAUCCUUGGACAGUCUCACUAGCCCGCGCAGACUCGACAGGAUUGAUCCUAGCAGACUCGCUCAUUGACCGUAACCUGGGAUCACGACCUAUCACACUCGUAGGCUUCUCCCUCGGCUCGCGUGUCAUCUUCUCCUGCCUACGCGAACUCGCACGUCGCGGAGCCCUAGGUCUGAUCCAAAACGUCUACAUGUUCGGCUCGCCAGUGGUAGUUAAAAAAGAUGAAUGGAUUCGAGCUCGAACAGUCGUCUCAGGCCGCUUCGUGAACGCCUACGCCCGCAACGAUUGGAUUCUAGCCUACCUCUUCCGUGCCACCAGCGGCGGCGUAAUGCGUGUAGCCGGUCUCAACACAGUCGAAGAUGUAGGAGUCGAGAACAUCGACGUCACGGUCACGGUACCGGGUCACAUGGCAUACAGAGGCAUGAUGCCCACUCUCCUUCACGAAGUAGGCUGGGAAGUCGAAAGCGAAGAGUUCACCGAGAUCGAGGACCCCGACCCGGAAAAUCACGAUAAGCGGCAGCGGGAACUCUUGAAUGAAAUCGAAGAAGCGAGGCAGAAACUUGAGGAACAGCCGGAAAAGAAAGGUUUCCGGGCCUUCUUCUCCCGCAAAAAGGCCUCGGAGCGCAAAGCCUGGGAGACAUACGACGAGCGCUCGACCAAAGUCCUGCAAGGCGAUCAAGCGGAAAGCGAGAAGUUGGCAGCGGAACAGGCGAACGUGAUGUUCGACGUCGAUGCUAUUCGCCGGGAGGCUCUGCAGCUGGCGCUCGAGGGCCACGAUGUCAAUGAGAUCAAAAGCCAUAUGCAGAUCAAGGAGAUCGCGUCGACGCUUCCGGCGCUGAGGAUUGAGAGUCCGACGCCGAGUGCCAAAGCUAGUAAUCCUGUUGAUGGGGCCGAAGCGUUGAAGAGGACAAGGACACCUGAUGGACAAACUAACGGCACGACUUUGACGAACGGGCACACGAACACGAAUGUGAAUGGAGAUGAUGAUGAUGAGAAGCAUGAUGAUAAAGGGGAGGAGAUCACGAUGUCCUUUGACCCUCCGGAGAAAACAACCGCGCCGGUGCCUACCCCACGCACACAGCCUCCUGCAUGGCUAGACGAGCAUAGUGGAACAGCUUCCACCGCUACAUCUUCCAGUCACGACCUCUCGAAGACGGCGGUAGAACGGCCGACCUUGCAGAGCAGGAAUACCACGCCCGCACCCUCGACCUCGACCUCCAUCUCCACACCUUCGCACGAGCAGAAACCAGCGAAUGGCGCACCACCAGCUCCCGCAGCGGGGAGCGGUACUAGUAGGAAUCCCUGGGCGGACGAGGAAGACGAUCUGGGUGUGAGACGCAAAAGCGAGGUGGAGAUGUCUUUCGAGUGA